GGAGGACUUUUGUGUGGAGGCUGCAGGCAGCUGGGCCAGCGUCCAUUGUGAGGACCAGAGGGACACACCCUGCUGCUCAUGCCUGCGGGGCUCUGCCAGGAGGAGGCUGGGGCUGAGCAUGGAGCGCCCCAAAAGGAUGGAGUUCUUCCAGAAGCUGGGCUACAGCCAGGAGGAUGUGCUCAGGGUGCUGGCCAAGCUGGGGGAUGGCGCCCUGGUGAACGACGUGCUGCAGGAGCUCAUCCGGACGGGCAGUCGCCCCGAGGCCCCACAGGCCCAGGCUGCACCCCGGCUCGUGGCUCGGGGCUCCUGUGGGGUCCCAGACACUACCCAGCGGAGCCUGGGGACAGCCUUGGAAGAGGACUUCGAAGGCCCAGUCAGCUCCCUGCGACCUGUAGUGAUCGACGGCAGCAAUGUGGCAAUGAGCCAUGGAAAUAAAGAAAUCUUCUCUUGCCGGGGAAUCCAGCUGGCUGUGGACUGGUUCAGGGACAGAGGACACACCUACAUCAAGGUUUUUGUCCCAUCCUGGAGGAGAGAACCACCAAGAUCUGAUACUCCGAUCAGAGAGCAGCACGUGCUAGAAGACCUGGAGAGGCAGGAAGUGCUGGUGUACACGCCGUCGCGCAAGGUGCACGGCAAGCGGCUGGUCUGCUACGACGACCGCUACAUCGUGAAGGUGGCCUACGAGCAGGACGGCGUCAUCGUCUCCAACGACAACUACCGGGACCUGCAGAGCGAGAAUCCGGAGUGGAAGUGGUUUAUCGAGCAGAGGCUGCUCAUGUUCUCCUUCGUCAACGACCGGUAGGGGGCGGGCGAGGGUCCAGAC